GAGCCUUGCCGGCGCCUCUCCUCUUCCUCGCGGGUCUUCACGUGUCAGACGCGUUGCUGUGCCCCCGCCCCCUAAAAAGGCCUGGCAAGGUUGCCCUCCGCGGUGGCUCGAGUCGUGGGGUUGGAGAGAGAGAGAGAGAAGUUGGGAAGCUGUUUUUUGUUUUUAAAUGGGGAACCCUUGGAGAAGAGCGGGGGCCAAUUUGCGGGGACCUUAAAGUCUCGGGGCGGAGCAAUUCCCGGGGUCUUGGCCGUUGAUUCUUGAAAGAUGUGCUGUAAAACCAAUAGGAGGUUUUUGCUGCUCUAUGCAAGCCAAAAGGGCCAGGCGGAAGCCAUAGCUGAAGAAAUAUGCCAGCAGGCCAAGGAACACGGUUUUGAAGCUGAUCUUCACUGCAUCAGUAAAUCAGAUAAGUAUAACUUGGAGACUGAAAAGGAUCCUGUUGUUAUUGUGAUUUCUACUACUGGCACAGGAGAGCCUCCAGACACAGCAGUCAAGUUUGUUAAAGAAAUUAGCAACACAACUCUGCCAGCGAAUCACUUCUCCCAUUUACGAUAUGGACUGCUAGAUUGGUGGAGCUCUCUUAGCUUCUGCAGAGGUGUUCCCACUGUGCCCUUCUGGCUCUGUAGAGUUCUGGUGGAAGGCUUCCUUUAUUUUCUGGCCGCCUUCUUCCAUGGAGUUGCAAGGAAAAAUGAGCAUCUGAAGAUUUCAGAGAAACUAAGUUUGGAACUGGUGGUUGAGCCAUGGAUCGCUGGACUUUGGAUUGCCCUUGAUCAAGAAUUUGCAUCAAGGAAAGAAGACCCGAACCAGUGUGAUAAGUCUGCCUCUGGUUGUGUUGGCACAAUGUCCGAUUCACGCAUAGCCUCUAAAAUAGAGCAUCUGAAGAUAGGAGAGUCUAAAGUGGAUAAUAGUUUUUUACCAAACAUAACCGUUCAUUCGGGACUUCAUGGCUCAGAACCCUCACUUUCUCAGUCAGCGCCUCCGCUUUCACAGUCUGCUCUUACUAUUCCUGCUUUGCCACCAGAGUACCUAGAUGUACAGAUUGAAGAAAGCUCUGAGCAGGUUCCCCACAUGCUGUGGCAUUCAGAGAGCCCGGUGUUCCAGGUUCCUGUCACCAAAGCUGUCCAACUUACUACAGAUGAUGCAAUAAAAAAGACUUUAUUCUUAGAAACUGAUAUUUCUAAAACAACUUUUAGCUACCAACCUGGAGAUGCCUUUAACGUGAUUUGCCCCAAUUAUACCAGUGAGGUGGAAGACCUUCUAGAUAUCUUGGGUCUUUUGGAGAAGAAGGAUUCUCUUGUUUGCUUGAAGGUUAAAGUGGGCACUAAAAAAAGAGGAGCAACUCUUCCACAGUAUAUACCUGAAAAGGCUACAGUAAAAUUCAUUCUGACAUGGUGUCUGGAAAUCAGAGCAGUUGUCAAAAAGGCUUUUUUGCGUUCAUUGGUAGAAUAUACCACUGAUGCUGGAGAAAAGAGGAGGCUUCAAGAACUGUGUAGCAAACAAGGAUCCUCAGAUUAUAACACUUUCAUCAGAGAUGCUGGGGCCUGCUUGUUGGAUUUACUCCACACUUUCCCAACUUGCCGUCCUCCACUUAGUCUCCUGAUUGAGCAUCUUCCAAAAUUGCAAGCCAGACCCUACUCAGCUGCAAGCUCCAAUUUAUUUCAGCCUGGAAAGAUGAGUUUCAUUUUCAAUAUUCUGGAAUUUGCAUCUCCUCUUGGUCAGCUGCGAAGAGGAGUCUGCUCAGGCUGGCUAGCCACAUUGACUGCCCCAAUCCUUCAGCCGAGCACGAAGGAUGAGGAGCUCUUCGUUCCAGAGAUCUCCAUAUCUCCUCGUCCAGUCAACAUUUUUCAUUUACCAGAAGACCCAUCUCUUCCUCUUAUAAUGGUUGGUCCUGGAACUGGAAUUGCACCAUUUAUUGGCUUCCUGCAACAUAGACAGAAGCUCAAGGAAGAGCACAAAGACUGGAUUUUUGGAGAGACAUGGCUGUUUUUUGGCUGCCGGCACAAAGCCAGAGAUUACUUGUUUCAGGAUGAGCUCAGGCACUUUGUUGACAAUGGCACUCUAACGCAUCUGAAGGUUUGCUUCUCAAGAGACACCCCAGCUAUGAUACAAACUGGCAGUCCUAGAUACGUUCAGGAUAACCUACGGCUUUUCAAUAAGGAGAUUGACAGGAUUCUCCUGCAGGAAAAGGGGUAUUUUUAUUUGUGUGGAGAUGCAAAGAACAUGGCAAAAGAUGUAAAUGAUACAUUGGUGGAUAUCUUGAUCUCUGAGAAAGGCAUUGAUAAAUUGGAAGCACUGAAAAUACUGGCUACAUUGAGAGACGAAAAGAGAUAUCUGCAGGACAUUUGGGCCUAAGAACCCGCAGUGCUCCCUUAUAGCAGUUUUAGAUUGCUGAUUGCUAGGCACAGCCUUCUGAUCUUAAAUGUGAUCUGCUUUAAUAUGCCUGAACAAUUGAAGUAUUUGCUGUUGUACACUCAGAUCACUAGAGACUCCUUGUUUCGUACCAAAUAUAUUAUAUUUUUGUUUCUUGGGGCCAGAAGGCCCUCCUGUCUGCACAAUCAGAAGUCACUCAUUUCACGGAAUCUUCCUGCAAUAUAAGGACAUUUUCAGGAAAAGCCUAGUUUUAUCAGUGCCUUUUCAUUUGUAUGUCUUUUUUGAAGAAAACUGACAGAUAAUGGUUAUUUUGACUUGGAUUUCCUGCAUCAAGUAAAUCUCUAAAGUGGU